GAGAAGGCGGCGGCGGAGCCAAUGCGCAGGAAGGGGCCGAGCAUGUGGGGAGGUUGUUUACACCAGCCCGGCCCCGGGAGCUUUAACCCGGCCGGCGGCGAGGAGGGCGGCACGGCCCCGGGACGCUCGUGGCCGAGAUGGCGAGCGUGCUGUCCAGGCGCCUGGGGAAGCGCUCCCUGCUCGGCACCCGCGUCUCGGCGCCCGACGGGGUGCUGGUGGCCCCCCAGAUCCACGCCUUGCCCGCCGACCUCAGCCGGCCGCCAUCCCACGUGGCAGAGGACGGAUCCUGCCCGCAGCCGGUGGAGGAGAGCAGCCGGGCACCCAGGUUCCCCAGCCCCGGGCAUCAUCAGCUCUGCGCCGGGCAGCAAGUUCUCGUCACCUACAGCGGGCAGGAGUACGCGGGGCUGGCGGAGCAGCACAACCCCCCCAGCGACAAGGUGAAGGUGCUGCAGCCCGAGCAGGGCUUGCACGCGUGCUGGAGGGUGCAGGACGUGCGGCCGGCCGCGGCCGAGGCGCUGCAGAGAUCGGUGUCCAGCAGUAUCGACGUCCCCAAGAGGAAAGACGAUGCCGCCGUGGAGAUGGACGAGAUGGUGGCGGCCAUGGUGCUGACCAGCCUCUCCUGCAGCCCCGUGGUGCAGAGCCCUCCUGCCAGCGACAGCGGCAUCCCCCCCUCGCGGGCAGCGUGCGAUCCCUGGAAGGAGAGCGGCGACGUGUCGGACAGCGGCAGCAGCACCACCAGCGGGCACUGGAGCGGGGGCAGCGACAUCUCCACCCCCUCGCCCCCCCACCCCGAGGGCAGCCCCAAGCACUCCAGCGAGGCCCUGAGCUCCCCGCCGGCUGACGACGGCUUCGAGACCGACUCCGACCCCUUUCUCCUCGACGAGCCAGCUCCGCGGAAGAGAAAGAACUCGGUGAAGGUGAUGUACAAGUGCCUGUGGCCGAGCUGCGGCAAGGUCUUGCGCUCCAUCGUCGGCAUCAAGCGGCACGUCAGGACCCAGCACCUGGGAGACAGCGCCGACUCCGACCAGCGGAAGCGGGAGGAGGAUUUCUACUACACCGAAGUGCAGGUGAAGGAAGAGCCCGCGCCGGAGGCGGCCGCCAGCCCCACGUCCGUAUCCGCGUCCGCUCCCAUCAUCAUCCAGCAAGCCCUGGCCAAGCCGGAGGCUCUGCUGCUGGAACCGCCGGCGCUGGAGCCGGCCCUGGCCAGCAGCGCGCUCAGCCAGUCUGCGCCCAGCUCCUUCUGGCACAUCCAGGCCGAUCACGCCUACCAGGCCUUGCCCUCCAUCCAAAUCCCAGUGUCCCCCCACAUCUUCACCAGCAUCAGCUGGGCCACUGCCACCUCGACUCUCCCGUCCCUGUCACCGGUGCGGAGCCGGUCGCUCAGCUUCAGCGAACCCCAGCCGCCCACGCCGAUGCUCAAGUCCCACCUGAUCGUCGCCUCGCCGCCCCGCGUGCCCCUCAGCACCAGGAAAGUCCGCGGUGAAGCCAAGAAGUGCCGUAAGGUGUACGGCAUCGAGCACCGGGACCAGUGGUGCACGGCUUGCCGGUGGAAAAAAGCCUGCCAGCGCUUCCUGGACUGAGCCUUCCCUCCCUGCUCCCACCCGGGGAGCACCGGAGUCCCUCACUGCUGCAACCAGGGACCUUGGAGGCACCUCCUGGGACUCCAGAAGAGACCUCCAGAGCUGCGUGUAAAUUCCUCCUUCUGUAUAUUGUACAUCAGCUGGGUUUGCUCUUUUUUUUUUUUAAAAAAAAGAAAACGUUUUCCAACUUUUUUUUUUUUUUAA